AUGCCAUUGUUGAAUCUGAAGGAAGAGGCAACUGGGAACCUAAAGAACUAUGCCAGUGCUUUAACGAAGCGUUUAUCGAAAGUCAAAAUGGCGAUUAAUCAACUAGAGGAUUUUCUAGAGCCCAAACCGUUGUCAAAUCCCUUCUUCACUUUUAAGCAAUCACGCGUAUUGCAUUGUGACUAUAGAAAAUGGUUGAAUUUCUUAAAGGAGAAACCCGGAUUAGGGGAAAUUUCCAAAUUACAAAGCUUACGACCUAUUAUGCCCACGAAAAUUGACUACGACGAGGCUCUUUAUGGCAUGCAUCGCCUGCAGUCAACUUACAGACUCGAUCCGGCUGAAAUGUCAGUUGGUUUGAUAAAAGGAAAGCAGUACAGAUGCAAACAUUUUAAUGCUAUGGAUAGUCUUAUGGUAGGCUCUGUUAAUUAUCUUGACGAGAAGUUCCAAAGCGCAGAACGUUGGUUUCAACUGGCCUUGGAAAAGUACUAUAGUGAUCCAACCUCGAAGCUGUUUGAUGUCUUCGGAAGAUCCGACGAUUUUAUUUUGAAACUGCUAAUGAAGGCGGCUCAGAGUUCCGGACGCUAUAAGGCGGCUUUGGAAUAUGCUGAAAAAGCGUUGGCCCUUAAUCGUAGCCACACUUUUUGGCAGCAACAGAUUCCCAGGCUCAAAAACUUGAGUUCGACACCCGAGUAUGUAACACCGGAACAACCCAGUAAAUAUCUAUUUAAACCUGCUUGUCGCAUGGAGUAUCCCGCUAAGAAAUAUUUGCGUUGCCAUCUUCUAUUCUCCUCGCCGUUUCUUCGCUUGGCACCGAUCAAAAUGGAAGAGUUGAACCUCGAUCCACCUAUAAAUAUUUAUCACAAUCUUAUUCAUAAUGAUGAAAUUGUUUUGCUUAAGGCUCUAUCGAGUCCACACUUAAAACGCAGCGAGUUUUACACCUCUACAAAUGAGGUAAUCGUAGAUUAUUCUAGCCUGCGCACUUGCAAAACAAUGCGCAUAAAGGAUAGUGCUCAUCAUAGCCUAAUGAAGAAUAUGAACCAACGUGUUAUGGAUGCCACAGGCUUAAGUGAUUUCGAGUCUGAGGAGCUUCAAAUUAGCAACUAUGGCAUUGCUGGGCAUUUGUAUGAACACGAGGACUCUUCGCAAACUGUGGAAUGUGAAUUCUGGAAAACUGGCAACCGCAUUAUUACAGCACUUUUUUAUCUAAGUGAUGUGGAGCUGGGCGGUGAAACUGUUUUUCCCUUUUUGGAUCUACGAGUCCAAACGCAAAAAGGAUCCUUGUUGGUGUGGUACAAUAUUUUACUAAAUGGUACCAGUGAUUGGAGAACUACACAUAUAUCUUGCCCCAUUUUAAUGGGAGAUAAAUGGAUUGCCACCAAAUGGUUUCGAGAAUAUCCCCAAAUGUUUGUUCGACCUUGUCCAUUGAAGAUGAAGCCAGUGCCCGAAUACAGUUAUAAGGCUGUUAAAAACAAGUUUUUCAAUUUUGAAGAACAUUCAAUAUGA